AUGAGGGUUUUCUAAACACCAUCAAACCUUCUUGACAACAGCGCAGCUUAAGAGUUUUUACCUUCACAUGUUAUAAAAAAUAAAAUUUUAAAAUAAAUUUAAAAUGAUGAAAUAACUGGAUGGAAUAGCUCAAGUAGUCCAACUUAAUUUGGAGGCGAUAAUGAUUAUUUUAAUAACAAUAAUAAUAUUUCUGACUAGUAAAUUGAGAGAUAUGAGGAUAGAUACUAAGGAAAUAAUAAUAAUCCUAUAUAUAAUAAUCUAACAAAUGCUGGAAAUUCUAGAUAAAGUGUUAUAAUUGAUCAAAGUAGUGCCUAAAUAGAAAAUUCAAUCAAAAAGUAUCCAAUUUAAACAAACGCAUUAAAAGAAUUAUCCAAUAAUUUGUAAAUAAAUCUACAACAGAAAAAAAAUAAUAGGUAUUAAGGGACAAAUUAUGAUUAAAUAAUGUUAAAAUUUACUCAGCAACCGCUACCAUCUUAGCAGAAAGGUAAAAGAAAAUCAUAAUAGUUUUCUUCGAUUUCUACUUAUUAAAAUAAUGGCUUAAUAAACAAUACAAAUCUUCCAAAUAUUUCAACUUAAAAUGAAGAUUUUUCUUCUAUUGUUGAUGAACUUAAAUAGUUAAAAGAAUUUUUAACAUCACCUAUCCCUCAGGAUUCACAAAAUGUGAAAAUAUAAAAUUAGUGCUUUGAAAGCUCUAAUUUGAUAGGGACUAGGAUUGAUGGAAGAACCAAUUCUGUUGAUUCUUAAGAAAGAGAUUAAUCUGAUAAUUUAACAAAAAGUGAAUUUAAAGUAAGGAGAUUUAGAAUAAACUCAUUCUAAUAAAAUACAAUUUAGAGUUAAAAAUAGAAUUUGCUUAAUCUUAGUAAUGAGAACUUAAAAUUUAGGAAGUCUUAAUACAUUGCACAUUCUAUACAAUAAAAAAAUUAAUCUAAUGAUGAAUAAAUUCUACAAACAGCUAAAGAUUAGUUUCAGAUCGCACAAUAUAAUAAUUUUUCAAAUGCAAAUGGAAACGUGAUUAAUUUAUCAGCAUUAACAGGAUAGGCUGGUAAUACUGGUCUAGCCAAUCAAAAUAAUUACUCGUUUUAUAUUAAUUAAAAGAAAUCAUUUGUAAACAAAGCUAAUAGCUUUGAAGGUAGAAGAAAAAGAGGUAAAACUAUUGACUUACUACCAAAGAUAUCAGAAAUGCAAAGAUAUCAGAAUACAAUAAAAACUUCAAGAAUUACAACUUAAAAAACAAAUGAAACCUCCUAGAAAAGUCGUAUUGGUUAAACAAAAACUGGAGUUAAUGAUUGUUCUGCUGAAAUUCAAAAAAUGCAAGUAUGUAAAACAAGUGAGGAUAGAAAGGGCAGUCAAGUAACGAUAAAUUAAAUCAAAAAGCUAAUGAACUAAGAAAGGAUAUACUACAAAGAAAAUUUACAACAAAUUGAGCAGCUGAAAUGCCCAUAAUCUAAAAAUAGCUCUCAGAACAAUACAAAGCAGAAUACAUUUUUCUUAAAAAAUACUUGUGAUAGUAAUAACUACACUCAAACUUAUCAAUCGAAUCAUACUAUUUGUGACUAGUAAACCACAAAAACAAAUGGAUAAGUUAUUAAAAUAUAAAAUUAAAAUAAUAUUAACCAACAAGGUUUAUUUGAUGACUCUCAAUUCACAUAAGAAAGCUAAUAUAACAAUGCAUAAUAAAGUAAUAUGCAUUUAAAUUAAUUUAAUAGCAAAUUCUAAAUUUCUUUAGCUGAAUAUUUAAAAUAAAAUGCUACUUAGAGAUAGUAAUUUUUUACUAGCUAAAAGAAAGCUAUGCAAGAUGCAUAGAAGAAAGAUCCUUUAGAUUUUAAUAAAAAUGUAAGAAUUUUAUCUGAAAAAUAUAGUUUAAAUAAUAUCUUAUAGCAUUAAGAGUCUCCUAGGUUAAAGCCUCGUAUCCCCAUAAAUGCUUCUGUAAAAAUUAAUAAUAGUAAAUAAAACAGUAUAUUCAAUUCAUAUGCAGCAGAGCCUAUUGAAAAAUCUAGAUAAAAUAGCUCUUGCUAAAAGACCUAGUAAUCUAAUACUUUAGAAAGUAAGCAAGCUUUAAUUUAAGCUUAUUCUCCUUUCCCAAAUAUAACUGUGUAAUAAUCACAAUAAGUUGUAAUAUAAAAAGGUAAUAAUAUUUAUUCUCCUUCAAAUGAAAAAAAUGAAAAUGAGCAUUAGGUUAAAUAUACACAAUUUAAUUCCAGAAUUCCGAAAAAGCUAAAAGACCUAUUAGAAGAAUAAUAUGUGAGAGAUUCUAAGUUGAGAGAAAUCUAAUUAGUUUAGAAUAAUGUAAUGUGA